UUUUUUUUUUUUGUUGCGUUGUUAUUUUUUUUUAUCGUACAUAUAUAUCCACAUACAGGUAUACAAUUAUAUACAUAUAUAUUACAUAUAAUAUAUUAUAUAAGUAGAUAAUUUACAUUGAACAGAUACAAAACCGUCACAUAUUCCAUGGCCACUUCUAUAUCACCUUCUGUACCAAACGCCUUAGAUGAUCCACUUACACCGUAUUCCUUCGAUACUGAAUAUGUUUUCCCUCGACAUUUUUUACCAACAGUUAUGAAGGAUGAAACAAAGAUUCCUUUGGUUUUGGUAGCUUGUGGUUCAUUUUCUCCCAUUACUUAUUUACAUCUACGCAUGUUUGAAAUGGCCAAAGAUCAUUUUACAGAACGCAAUGAAUAUGAACUUUUGACAGGUUAUUAUUCACCAGUAUCGGAUGCAUAUAUGAAAGAAGGUUUGGCUGAAGCAAAACAUCGGGUAAAAAUGUGUCAAUUAGCUGUGGAAAGUACAUCCAACUGGUUAAUGGUUGAUCCUUGGGAACCCUCACAAACUACUUACCAACGAACAGCUGUUGUUUUGGAUCAUUUUGAACAUGAACUCAAUGUUCUCGGUGGUGGCAUCCUUACAAAGACUGGGGCAAGGAAAAGAAUUCGGAUCAUGUUACUUGCUGGUGGUGAUUUGAUUGCCUCAUUUGGUCAUCCUGGCGUUUGGGCCCCUAAUGAUCUGCAUCAUAUCGUAGGCUAUUAUGGUUCUGUUAUCAUUGAACGUACUGGUACUGAUGUUUAUGGCUUUUUAUUGUCUCAUGAUAUACUAUACCAACACAGAAUGAAUGUCACUGUCAUUAAACAACUUAUUCAUAAUGAUAUUAGUUCAACAAAGAUUAGGUUAUUUGUUAAGCGUGGCAUGUCGAUCAAAUAUUUAUUACCCAAUCCUGUCAUUGAUUACAUCCUUCAUCAUCAUCUUUAUGUUCCCAAACAAUUGGAACAAGAAUUGCCAUCAACAUUACAGCCAGCUCCAGUAUCAGCAUCAUCGUCAUCAUCAUAGUAGUAGAUAGUCCUCAUGUUUCCAUUGUUUGUAUUUACUAGUUUUUUCCAUGUUCGUCUAUUUUUUUUUCUGCGUUUGAUUAGAGACUUUGUUUACACUGGGUUUGAAUAUAUUUGUGGUGAUUCUUCUUUUCUUUUUAUUACGGAAAUAGAUCAUUGAUGAUGGAUGAUAUCAAUAAAAAGCUUUCUUAUUCUUUAUUAUAGUCCCUUCUUAAUGAUCAUAGCUAAAUCAAUAAUUUGACCGUUUUGAAAGCUUGGUUAUCAAGAGUGAUUCAAUGAAUAAUUCCAAUGAAUAAAAA